GGAUCAAAGGCUCGUUUGGCUCUCCAGUCAUACGGUCCUGUACUGAGCGCAGUCUGCUCUCGGUCUCUACGGGCGCUCCUCUGUCUGGAUAUCAUAGCCUGUUUCUUUUUUUUCUUUGGAUUAUAUUCUUCUGAUGAUUUUUAACUCCAACUCGAUGCAUAGAAAUGGGUAAACUGCACUCGAAACAUGCCGCUAUUUGUAAACCGAGGGAGAGUCCAGAAGGCGACAGUUUUGUAGUCAAUGCCUGUUUGGCGAGAAAGGGAAUCGAUGACUGGCUCGUGAAGCAGAAAUACUAUUGCACGAGCUCUCGCCUCGAGCAACGGGACUGUCACCACAAGAAUAACUGCGGUUUGACUACACGGGACUCCAUACAUGAAGCAUGUGCAGAAGGGAAUGGUGAUGAACACUACCGUUUAGAAGUGGCUUUACCCCCAGAGAAGACAGACAGCUGCUGUGUGGAGGAGAAGAUGCAGGAGAGGGACAGCCAAUCUCCCGCAGGGCCACAGAAACAGCUCCAGUUUGAAGAGUUGGAGUGUGCUGUGUCUGUGGAGGAGGAUAACAGGCAGGAGUGGACCUUCACCCUCUACGACUUUGACAACAACGGCAAAGUCACCAGAGAGGAUAUCACCAGCCUGCUCCACACCAUCUAUGAGGUCGUGGACGCCUCCGUCAACCAUUCUCCCAGCAGCAGCAAGACACUGCGGGUCAAGCUCUCGGUGGCUCCCGACUCCAGCCAGCGGUGGAGGAGUUGCACGCAGGGUGCGGCAGACAUGUCCCACCCCAGAGAGAAAAGUGACAAGUGCAUUGAAGACCCCAAGAGUGCAGACAAGAAGACUCGAGCGCUCCUAAGGCGCCACCACAGUGACCACCACACCCAGCCGGGCUGCCAGCGCCACUGUGUGGAUGAGAACCUGGAACGCAGGAACCACUACUUGGACCUGGCAGGCAUCGAAAACUACACAUCCCGCUUCGGAGCCGCCCCCGCCACGGAGCCGACGAAGGCAGAGCCUCAGACCCGGUCAUCCAACCAGACUCGCUCUCGCUCCCAUGAACCAGAAAAUGGCCACUCCCAUCCGCACCACCGCCGCUUGCAGUCUGUUGUGGACACUGCUCCGGACAGCCUCAACCCCUCCCGUACGCGAGGCCAAGACUCAGGGAAACAUGCCCUUCGCUCUCCUAAGACCCACAGCCGCACACCUCCUGCGCAGAUCAGUAGCAGGGUGAUGAGAAGCCGUGGUGUCCCUCCUCCCCCGGUGCUACCUAGCCAGACCCCCCCUCACCAGUCCACAGCCCCCUAUCGCAAACACAAGCAGCGGUCAAAGGAGAGCCAGGGCUACAGGGCCUUGGGCUCUCUGGCAGCUCCAGGACAAGUGGUGGAGAAGGAGCAGGUGAGAGACCUGCCCAGCGUGCUGCUCUACGAGGGGGUGCUGGCACAAGUGGUGCAGCGUCAUGAGCAUCACCACCACCAUGAACACCAUCACCACUACCAUCACUUUUACCAGUCCUGAAUUUCUUCCCUGCCUGGGACAGCUCAGCACUCCUGCAGCUCCACAAAACCCAGCCAGACCAGCAGACACUGACUGCAGUGAGCCAGGCUACCCUACGUUGUGCAGUACUGCAGUGGCUUUGUAUUGGACAACAUAGGUAGGAGUGACGGAUCAUGGGAGGGGUGUCCCAGUGCUGAGAGGUUAUUAAUCAGUGUUAUAAAGAGGUUGGUCAGACGGACAAAAGCUUGGGUAUGCAGCAGGACAGUGAUUCAGGGCCAGAGUACGGCCAGGACUGAGGAUCACGGCUGGGGCUAGAGAGGAGGCACAGAGGGACAAUUUAAUAAACAAACCGGAUGUUCCUCUCCCCCCUGACCCUCUACCUGAUGAACUCUACAGCUCCAAACCAGCACCACAACCUUUCCAGACCACUAAGCCAAAAGGUUUUUAGGGAAAAGGAGGGACGAGAGUAAGAAAGACUGUGAUGUAAAGAUGAAAAUAUAUGAAGGAAUAUAGGUGAUGGGCAGGGCAUAGUGUGUGUGUGUGUGUGUGUGUGUGUGUGUGUAAAACAGCGUGUGAAUGUGUAGGCGUAGCAAGAGUGUGUGUGUGUGCGUAUGAGAGUGUCACGACACUGGUGUCUGUUGAAAACCACUUGAAGUGCGCUCAUGGGUGCGUGAGUAUUUAAAGCAGGCUGUCAGGCAGGUUUUUGAAGAUGAAAAUGAGGAUUCUGAUUCAAGCACGCAAUACCCCGUAAGAAAAAAUGGAAAGGGAAAUGUUGAAAUGUUAUAAAGUAAAAAAAGUACAGAGAUCCCAAAUCCGCUGCUACCUCUAAUUUUAUCCUAAUUGUUGUUGUAAUGGUGACUUUGACUAAGCAUUCAGAGCUUAUUUUCAAAUUACUUUGAAACUUUUUUGAAAGAAGAGCAAUCGUGUCACAAUCUGCAGUACUGAAGUGUCGAAAAGCUCCUUACUUUUAUUAACUAACAUUUACUGUACAUAAGGUAUAUAUUGUUAUCAAUUUUAUAAGCUUUAUUGAUAAUGUGAUAUCUUUGUAUUCACUAUCUGAAGCUUUUAUGUUUGUUUCCCUUCACAACCGCAUUUUAUAAGACCACUAGAAGCCUCAUUUUGACUAGAAAAUGUACAACUGUAUUACUCACUCACACUCUCUCAUUGUCCCUCUGUUUCAACUGUCUCACCAUGUGAUUAGAUACGUAACAGUGAUCUAGUAAUUAUGCCCGAAUGACUAAAAUUCCAACUCUCAACAGUGCUGUUCAGUAGCUUGACCUCCCAUCACAUACAAGUGUUUUAUAGAACGCAUGCUUGACUGUCCUCCAUGCUGACAUCAUGGAAGCUAAUAUGCUAUAAGAUGAAACUGAGAGGAAUUAAUAUUUGCAGCUUACAUACAAUUUCACAUAUUUUUCAAAGUGCAAGUCCAGUUAUCCUUUGUUUCCUCAAACAGAAAAUCGCCCUUUAAAAUACAUCCAAUAUUAAACUCUUGUCACGUUCUUGGAGCCCAGUCGGACAGUGUUUGUAGCAAAAGCUGUCUGUUUUAUUUGAAUGUCCAAAAUGUCAGCAGUUAAAUCACAUGUCCUCAGCCCCAUGAUACACUUAAAAACAAAACUAGAGAUGGUGUGAUCUUGACAUCAGUGCAAUAGAAUUCUCCAGUUCUGGCUCAGGCCUUUUGGUGUAAUAGCAUAAAUUGAAACCCUGUUAGAUCCAGCCAGUUAGAGGUCUGAGUAUUUAUUCACCAGUAUGGAGUUGGCCUUUAAGGAUUUUGUUUUUUUUUUGUUUUUUUUUACAGUUAUUUAUGCAGGGAAAUGUUUUGCUGAGCAUGCAUGUCAUUUUUCACCCCCGCCCUGCUUCAGAUCCAAGCAGUUACACAUAUUCACACCUGGGAGUUGCCCAGCACCAUGGUUUACUUUUUGGACUUUCGUUUUGUGACUUUCAGGCUUGCACUUUCCCUAACUCAUAGCAGCUCUCUUGUCCAGCCCCCCGGCCCGGCCCGGGGUCACACGGCUGCUCCCUCUGUUUCCAUGGCAUCUUCCUGUCCCCCAGCUGUCAGCAGGUCUUUCACCGUGCCGCCAUGUGGCCUCAGAGCUCAGCCAACAAGGCUCUGUUUGUGGUGCGGCAGGGCGAGGGCUCUUUCAGCUGUCCCAUUCCUCUGGUGCUGAAUAACACUGGGCCCAGCCCGCAGUCUCCACUAGACCCAUAACUCACCACUGCUGCUCUCCUGCCAGCGCCAGGGACUGUCUGUUCAUCCUAUCCCAUGAUGCUUUAUGGGCGCUGCCAAAAACAUGCAAAUGUUAAUGGCACCGACAUGCGAGGCAGUGAACUGAGAGCUGCAAAUGUAAAGGUGUUGAUCAUCUUGUUGGUUCUCUGGGAUAGUUGUUAUCUGUUUUCUCCCUGGCGUUCUUGGUAAGCACACAUGGUCCUUUGAGCAUUUCCCAGCAUCCCAUUUAUAAAUGACCUGCCCUUGUGCAUCCAUAGUCUUUUGUCAGGGUUUAAGUGCCGUGCUCAAGAGCAACUUCAUCCAUACAGGGAAAAUGAUUGUUAACCAGACUAGCCCACUAGUGUUCAAACUAUAUUCACCAUGUUAGAUUUGUUAGUCUGCCAUAAGCGUGUGCAUGUGUUUGAGAUGAGCAAGAAUGCGGUGUAUGCCAGUCUUGCCCUCAGCCCUGCGGUGUCCUCUCACAGCUGCAGGCCGUCCUUUAGCAGAGGCACCAGUCAGACGGGUCAUCUCAAGGGACCCCGUGGUGGAAACGGCGUCAUUCCCCGAGGGGAAUCACAGCUGCGCUCCAUACCUCGGCUUCCUCACCUCACACUGCUUUUCCUGGACAACAAGUCCUUGCUGCCGGAGCUCUCAUAACACUGUAACUCCUUUGUCAACGGUUUCCCCUCACCCGAAACACUGUUGUGUGUGACUCUCCAAAUAUAAGCACUGUGGAAAUGGUGCUCUGGUUGUGUGAACGGACAGCACGCAGGCGACUGUUCGUUCUGCAGGGUGGUCCGAUUCGACACGGUGAGCGAGGGCUUCUGAAAGAAUUUGGGUGGAAGGCUCGGUCAGACCCACAGCCAGGUUGCAAUUUUUAAACUUCUUUUAGAGAGUUUUACUGAACAGACAGAACUCCCUUUUUUAAUGCCCUGCUUCACAUUCGUACAAUUACCUGAACUCACACUAGAAAGCUGCCCACUACAAACACACUUCCAUGCUUUUGACUUCAAAGCAGCAUCACUGGAGCAACUGGAGGUGAUAUGCCUUACUCAACAGCACCUCAACAGUAUUUGUUGAGAGUUGGGGAAGCAGUUUUUUCUCAGUUUUGUCACACAGAGUUUACCAGAUGCUCUGGGGAAUAAACUUCCUUUUGAAAUCUUUUUAACUUUUUCAAAAUCCCCCUUCUGUCUUUUGUCAUACUGUGGCAAUUUCCCUAUAUUUCGGGAUCAAAAACAUAACUUUAAGGUUUUCAGCUAUCCUUGUAGACUUUUUUUAAUUUCAAAUUAGGAAUGCCUCCUUUUGGAACGAAAAACUUAAAAUCAUGUCACACAAACUUCUCUACACCCACCAUCUUCUGUCCUGUAUUCCUGUAUUCAGAGCCACUUCUCCAUGUUAAUACAGUAUGUAUGUAUUGCACCACUAAUUUGCUUUGUAAGAUCCAUGUUUCAACAUUUUUAAAACUCUGAUGUAUAUAGUGGACUGCAGAAAGGAUAAACGAGCAUCAUGUAGAAAGAAUAUAAGGCUUAUUUAUGAUUAAAUGUCCAGCUAUCUCACUUGCCUACUGUCAGCUAGCACUCCAAUAUCCGCCACACCAAUCCCACUUAUCAGGGAGGAAUAAUUAUCUGUUUAUAACACAAGCUGUCUCUCUCCACACACAGACACACUUUAACUUGGUGUUUGUUGUAAAAGAAAGUUGUUUAGCACUAGCUGUUUUUUCCUUUCCCCCUCCCUCCUAAUGUUUUUUCAUGACUUUGUUUAGUUUAUAUAGAUUGUAUUUGAUUAAUUGCUUUAUUUAUUUGAUAGCAGAUCUGUGCCAAGGGAAAAUACCCUUUUAUUAAAGUAUGAACCUGUUCCUUAUAAA